UGUAAUUCCAAAGAAGCUGGUUCUGACUCCUCUUCAUCUGAAGAGGAGAAGCAAAAACAGUGCACGAAUCGCUAUGCUUCAAGCCCAAAAGGUUCACCUGACCAACUGCCUUGAUGAGCGCUCUGAAUGUCUUGAGUCAGUUUGCAGAGGAUGCCAAUGCUGAGUUCAGCAAAAUUGGAGAGAAUGGUCUCAAAGAGCUUGACAAAGCCAGUGCCAGGGUCUGCUUAUAACUUAUAUAAAGCUUUUAUUUUUACAAUACAUGACAGCAUCUGCUAUUUUGCAAAAUCUCUCCUCCAAAUAACAACAGUUCUCCUGACGCAGCAGAUCAUGGCAAACCUGGAGAACCUGAAGCAGGCUUUUGAAGGGACUGCAAAAAUUAACAGACAGGAGAUUGAAAAGAAUGAGAGGGUGACGGAGGAAUUUGAGGAUCAGAUCAAGCCGGACCAAAUUGAAGGCCUGUUCUUCAAGAAUCUGUGGGAAAAGGCACCUCAAGGGAACAUAGAAGCUAAGUUUGAAGCACCAAAGAUUGGAGAAGUCACAAAGGAGAGUGCAGGAUCAAUGAUCUGAGAAAUAUUUGUGCUUAUAUCAUUGCUGCUUGUCAAAUUGGAAAUGCUGUUGCCACUACUCCUGAGGUAGAAUGGAGAAAAGCUGCAGCAUUGGGUUUGAUAUUUGUCCGCCUACUAGCUCAGUACAUUUAUAAGC